AUGCCUUUUCCAUACAAGACGGCUCUCGUCACUGGCGCCACAUCCGGCAUUGGCUAUGCUUUAGCAGAGCGUCUGGUCGCGAACGGUGUCUUUGUUAUUGCAGUGGGUCGCCGCGCAGAUCGCCUGGAGCAAAUACUCUCCAAGCAUGGAAGCUCGAAAGUUGCCACCGAAGUCUACGAUGUUUCUAAUAUCGAUGGCAUUGAAUUAUGGAUCAAAGAAAUGACAACCAAGUAUCCCACGCUAGACUGCCUCAUUCUCAACGCAGGCGUCCAAAAUACGUUUGACUUCACGCCCGCCCUCCUAGAAACAGCCAAAAACGAGCUAAACCUAAACUACCUCUCCCCGCUCAUCGCAACCACGCACAUCCUCCCCCACUUCGAGUCCCUCUCCACGUCGACCGCCGUAAUACUCGUGACCUCGGGCCUGGCCAUCGUGCCCAUGCCCCGCUGCGCAAACUACUGCGCUAGCAAAGCCGCACUUCGAUCGCUAACCUGGAGUUUGCGCGCUCAGCUCGCCGAUCGCGGGCCUCACACCGGGAGCAUCCGCGUCAUUGAGAUCGUUCCGCCUGCUGUCAAGACUGAGCUGCAUACGCGGCAGGCGGACCUGGUCGCAGCGGGACGGGCUGGUGUGGGUAUGCCGCUGGAGCAGUUCAUUGACGAGACAUGGGAAGAGUUGGAGAAGGGGGAGGUGGAUGAUAUCAUUAUUGGGCAGGCAAAGCAUUACGCUUGUGGGGAGGAGGAGAGGAAGAAGGCUUUCAAUGGAUUGCUUGUGAUGUUGAGGGGGGAUUGA